GCACCACCCCUUCCCCGCCGCUAGAUGCCGCUGCAGGAGGAGGCGGUGACCGGGUGCAGAGAGGCGCGGGCGGGAAAGUUACUUUCUGCAGUAGCUGCUGUAUGGUGUUGAUACACAGAGCGGUGGGACAUAUACACUCAGGAGGUGAGUACCGGUGCGGGAAUGAAGGUGAUUACUUGUGAGAUCUCCUGGCACAAUCGGGAGCCGGUGUACAGCCUGGAUUUCCAGCAUGGGACUAGCAAGGUGAACAGGAUGGCGUCAGCCGGGGUCGACACUGCAGUGCGGAUGUGGAGGGUGGACAAAAUUGAAGAUGGAAAAGCUGUGGUGGAGUUCUUGGCCAGCCUUGUUCGCCACACCAAGGCUGUCAAUGUUGUCCGAUUCUCCCCAAAUGGGGAGAUUUUGGCAUCCGGUGGAGAUGAUGCUGCAAUAUUAUUAUGGAAGCUGAGUGAAAGCAAAGAACCGGAACCAACUCUGUUUACUGAGGGAGAGGAAUCGGAAUUGAACAAGGAAAACUGGACUGUAUUUAAAACACUGAGGGGCCACUUGGAGGACGUCUAUGACAUUAGCUGGACACAGGACAGCAACUUCAUGGUUUCGGCAUCGGUGGAUAAUUCGGCAAUCAUUUGGGAUACGGUUAAAGGUCAAAAAAUAUCUAUUUUUAAUGAGCACAAGAGUUAUGUACAAGGGGUGACCUGGGAUCCACUCGGACAGUACAUAGCAACACUGAGCUGUGACCGUGUCCUGAGAGUGUACAGAACGGAAAACAAACGAGUUGCCUUCAAUGUUAGCAAGAUGGCGUCUAAUAACGCAGCUGAGGGAGAGACUAAAACCUAUCGUAUGUUUCAUGAUGAUAGUAUGAAGUCUUUCUUCCGAAGGCUCACCUUUACACCGGAUGGCUCUCUCCUUCUUACCCCAGCUGGCUGUGUUGAGAUUGGAGAGUCUCUCGUUAACACCACAUACGUGUUCUCUAGGAAGAAUCUUAAGAGACCCAUCGCUCACCUGCCAUGUCCAGAGAAGGCCACGCUUGCUGUUCGCUGCUGUCCUGUAUAUUUUGAGUUGAGACCUGCAGAGAAAGAUAAGGAAGAGCCUCCCCCACAAGGCCUCAUCUCUAAGCCCUAUCGCAUGGUGUUUGCUGUGGCCUCAGAAGACGCCGUGCUCUUCUAUGACACACAGCAGCCCUUUCCCUUCGGCUACGUUUCCCAUGUUCAUUAUCACACACUGAGCGACCUGUCGUGGUCCAGUGAUGGGACCUUCCUAUCUAUCUCCUCCACUGAUGGAUACUGCUCAUUUGUGACUUUUGAUGAAGGUGAACUUGGAGUUCCACUAAAAGAGAAACCGGUGUUACUGCUGAAGACGCCCUCUACCGCUGAGAAGAAAUUCCGAAGAUCUCAGGGCAGAAGAGUGUCUUCUCCAGUAUUACGGACGGGAGAGCCGAUUGCUACCGGUCGGUCCUCUGUACAUUCUAAUCCUUCCACUCCUGUCCAGAGCAAGCCUACAGCUGCCACUGCCAACAGGGAUCCGCUAUCACAAUCCAAUCCUUCCACUCCUGUCCAGAGCAAGCCUGCAGCGGGCACUGCCAACAGGGAUCUACCAUCAACACCAGUGGGAAUAACCAUUAUCCCGGCGACACCCACCUCUGACGAUAAGAAGAGUGGACAAAAGGGCAAAGGGGGACAGCCAAGGAGAAUUAUGCUGAACACUCUGGAAAGCUGGAGCAAGCCCAGUACACCCAGUCCAAGGAGAAUCAGUCUGAUCCCUGUGAAGACAAAUUCACCAAGCACGGAGCAGAAAACGCCGUUAUCCCCACCAGCCAGUCGAGUGGAACCUAGUAGCAGUGAAAACUCACCAGUUCAAGACCCCAACUGUAGACCCCCAGAGUCAAAACGUCUAAAAACCGAGCAGCUUCCGAUCGCUUUAGAUGAAAGUCCCAGUGGCAGCUCAGGUGCCGCAAACAUGUAAGCUCAAACCUGAUUGGACUGUGACUUUUCACAAUGGUUGGUUCUCAUUUAGAAUCUGUUAUAGUGCAUGAUGGCUGCACUGAUUCCCGUGCGGCGCGUUUAGUGCUGCGCUCCGAGGACGCUGCGUCUUUGCUUCACCGUGCUGCUUUCUUCUUCGUUGGUGCUUCCAGCAACCCUUCCACAUAAAGAAUACAGAGGCCUUAACCACAUCUCUAAGAAGGAAUUUGCGUCAAAUAUUUUUCCUCCUAAACACCACUGUAUGUCCCAAUGCCUUUGACCUGGUGCAUUGACUUCUUUUGUUCCUAUUCUUCUAUAGAUCUGUGAUCCUCAACUUGUGAGUGCAAUAUCUCGGAGGGUCUGAAUUAAACUUGUAUAUAAUGUAUAAUGGAGGUCCAGCUUUGCCUGCUCCUGGGUCUUAAUGUUUAAAAAAAAAAAAAAAAAACACCAAAAAAACACACAACUGUAAUGUUAGUUUGACUGGUCUUUCAUUUUUUAUUUUUUUUGUGGUUUAAAUGUUAACGUUACUACACAACCAUAAAGCAAACCAAGCAACAAGACUCCCAAUUCAAAACUGCAUGACCGUGUGCUAGGAAUAAAGUUCCCCAGCUGUCUGGUGUGGGUAACAGUGCUUCUCAUAUAAGUGCUAUUAAUCCCUUCCCUGCUCACCGAGGAGAACCAGGGACCCGGACCCCACUUCUCACAUAAGUGGGAAAGGGGUUAGUUUGAGGCCAAGAAACAAAAAGGAGAAAAUAAAUCAAAUAAAAAUAAAUCCAGGCUUGAGCUCAGCCAAGUGUGACCGGCUCCCUCGGCACAAUUCUAAAACUGAUGGGGGAAUAGAAGGGGAGGAGCUUUCUCACUUUAAAAUUUAAAGUGCCAGGCUCCCUAUAGUCACCUGUCUAUACCCCAGUGUCAGCAUGUUUCAGUGUCCCCUAGUGGCUGACUGAGAGAUGGAAAUAUUCAGGUCCAUCCUGCCCACCCACAAUACCUCUCCCUUCAAUGACCAUAUGCUAGGAGUCAGGUCCGUAACAAGUUAGAAAGGAAGUUUAUCCAUGGUAACUAUGUUAUGAUAUAGUCCUGUUGUAUUCUCAUUGACCCUUUGUGCAAAUGCUCCUUCUCACAGCUACUUGCAGAAUAUUCCUUUGCCAUAUUCGUUCAUGGUUUGAUGUUACCUGAACUUAGACAUUUGGAAUGCAGUAAUCGCCACUUGUGUAAUUCCUGUUCUGUGAGUUUGGAGGUUGCUGGAUUUGUUUUUUAAAUGUUUAACAGCAACAUUAGCUUUUACUAUUGAAUGAUUUGCGACUGAACCUAGUGAUGUAAAUGUUUCAGUUUCAAGACUGAGCGCAUCAGUAAUUUGGGGCAUGUUUUGUUAUUAAAAAAAUAAAUGUUUUGCAUUGUU